GCCGGGGAAAUGGCCACAGGGACAGACCAGGUGGUGGGACUUGGCCUUGUCGCCAUUAGCCUGAUCAUCUUCACCUACUACACGGCCUGGGUGAUUCUCUUGCCAUUCAUUGACAGCCAGCAUGUCAUCCACAAGUAUUUCCUGCCCCGAGCCUAUGCUGUUGCCAUCCCCUUGGCUGUUGGCCUCCUGUUGCUACUGUUUGUGGGAUUGUUCAUCACCUACGUGAUGCUGAAGAACCAGAGGGUGACCAAGAAGACUCAGUGAAGCCCCAGCAGGGAUAAGGCUGCCAAGCCCUUUUCAGCGUCCUCUCCAGGGCAGGGAUCAAGGGUGGAAGCCCACAGGAUCAGUCCAGACACUGUGGCCCCUUCCAGCUUGGCUGCCAUCCAGAUAUCCCUGUGGGAUGGAGCUGUUCAGGACUCCCCCCUGACUGACCAGAGCCCCAUUCCUCCUCUGCUCACCCUUCCAGAAGCCAGGAGGAAGGAGCAUCUGUAAGACUCUCUUACCCCCUCUGGCCAAGGCAUGAAAGAUGCUGGUCCUCCCCAUCUCAUUUUCAGACUCCCUGUCGCUUUUUCAUCUGAGUUCUACCGUCUUACCUCAAUUUUCUUGCUUUCACAUGCUGAUAUUGAACUUAGCAGGUCCUGAGUGGCACACGGCCUUUCCAACCUCUCCUCACAAGUCCUACUUCUCUACAAAGGCUGCUUUCCUUGGCCUCACAGAGCCCCAGACCUCACAAGGACUUCUGGAAAGCCUAGGAGAAGGCCUGACAGACCCCAAUACCAUCACCACCUCUUAGCAAACCAAGGAAGCCACACUGGGCCUGCCAACCAACUACUCCUCAUGAAACCUAGGAUCUCAGCUCCGGGGCUGGUCUGUUUGGGGAGCUUACCAAUAAACACUGAUGUUCUGUA